AUGCCGUACAGAGCAUCGGCAGCACCGCAGUCAAAUACAGAGACCUUUUUCCUGCAGCACAACGCGCUCCAAGAUCGCGAGUCGGACGAACUGGGCGGGCGCUCCGAUGGCCUCCGACUCCGCCUCGCGGUACGCAGCAGCGCUGCACCCGCCUCCGACGACGAGAGAGCUGCAGCGGAUCAACGAGCGCGCUCUAAAGCGGACCCAAUAGGUCCGUGGAGACAAAGGCCUGUGGGCGCAGAGACGUGGGGAAAGUCGGCGCGGCCCUCUGGCGCAGGCACAAGACGUGACUUUGCCUCGACGCACACGGGACCAAAGGGGGUCAUCGCUGAUUUCGAGGCCGAGACGCGCUCCCUGCGCGAAGAGCGCCAGAGACAGGAAGAGGAGCGCACGGCAGUGCUCCACCGCAUUGCCACAGGAGCAGUACCCCCGUUGCCUCGACGACCGGCGCUGGAAUCAUCGCCGCGUUCGCAAGGCGACAGCGACGACAGCGACUUGGAAGACGAUGCGGUCUUGGCACAGUAUGCAGCGAGGCGUGUCCAGGAGAUGCACGAGGACGCAGCGGCACGUCGUCGUCGCACGACUUACGGGGGCUUGGAGUACAUCUCACCCGAGCGCUUCGUCACGCUCACGGCCGACACGAUGAGCUUCACUGGCUGGAAAUCGAUGCUGGUGCAUCUCUACCACUCCGACAGCUACGCCUGCAGUCUGCUGAACACGCACCUUGAGCUGCUGGCCCAAAAGCUCGUCCAUGUCAAGUUUGCCGCACUGGUGGCCGAGGAAGCUGACGCGUCGAUCGACAUGGCCGAUCUCCCCGUGCUGCUGGUCUUUCGUAACCAGAAGCAACAAGAAGCUGUCGUGGAUGUCACGCGUCGUCUCGAGGGCGCCUUCACAUUCGAGCGCGUCGAAGCUCUCGUGAACGAGCUGCUGGGGCUAUAG